AUGGUCACCGGCACCGUCCCUCUCAAAUGGUCCACCGGCAAUCUCAGCCGUACGACCUCGACAUUCCCACCCACGAUGACUUGGACAUCCUCGUAUGUUGAAGUGGAGGAGAGGGAGAAGGUGGACAUAUGUGGGAUGUGUAUGUGCAGAGCAAGAACAGGAGGUUGCCUCGUUUUUUGGGAAGAAGCUUUCGAAGCUGCCUAUGAAGCUUUGGUUAGUGAUGCUGCUGCGGUUCGUGAUGGUGCUAUUUCUGAGAUUGCUAAGAUGUCCAUUUUGUCCAUUAAUCUCGAGUCCUUUUCAGCUGCCCAAUCCUCAAACCAACCUCUGUAA